CCUACCAUGAAAAAGAUUGGAAAACAAGUUUAUUUGUAUUUUCAUUGACUCAAACUCUUAACUUUCAUUUCAUUGGAGUUUUGCAUCUGAAGGUACAGAGAAAGAAUAAUGUGUCACACCUUUGUUCAUAAACUUAUCAGCAUCUGAGUUUUUGAUUUCAGAUAAAGAAGUUCAUCCCUGAAUUUCUGAGGCUUUUCAUGAAUCUUUUCAUCAGAAAUGGGCUGUGUAACAUCGAAGAUCUUGACAAGAACACAGAGCUUAAAUGAAGAGGUAAGAAAUAGUUUCAAGAGUCGAAAAACAAGAUUCGAAAGUUUAGUAGUCUCUUCAAACAACAAUGAUCAAAUCCUAGCUCUUCUGCGCACCGCAAACACCGUCGCGAAAAAGCUCAAUGAAGAAUCUCCGGCGAGCAAAACUGAAAAUACAGCACUGAAACUUACUAGUUCUAAAAGUAUCGAAGUGAGAGAGACGGCCGGUGAUACGUAUCAGUCAUCCAAUAUUAAAGAUGUCGAAACAAUCAACACAUGGGAAUUGUUAGAUGGUUUAGAUGAUCAGAAGCAGAGGUUCAAAUUUGCCGAUGAUUCGAGAGGUAGAAGUUUUCGUACGGUGGAGGAUUUCGAUGCAAUGUUAGCGAAAAAUCAAUCGAAUGAAGUUGAAAAAAGCUUAACUGGUGAAUGUUCAUCAAGUUCUAGUCCUGUUAGCAGUGAACAUGAUGCUGUUGGUGAUGAUUUGCAGAUUAAAAAUGUUGACAUAAAGAUUGAAAAAGGUUGGAAAAGAAAGGCAAUGGCAAAGGAGCUAACAAGUCUAAAAUUUUCGCCUUUUGAGUUCUCAAGAACAGGAAGUCUUAGAGAAUGGCUCAUUACUGGAGGCCAAUUGCAGUCACCUGGAUCUUAUGUCACACCAAAAUUCGGUGAUUUUAAGGUAUCGGUAGAUAAAAACAUCGGUUCAGACAACGAAAAUUCUGUGUUUGAUCCAAUAUUGAUUUCUGAAUUUGAAGAAGCAAUGCAGAAACUAACAAUGGAGGAAGAGUUCAUACUCAAACAGAUUGUAGAAAGCCAAGAAGAAGUCAAUACAGACAUAAAUGUUUGAUUUUCUGAAUUUUUUCAAUACUGAUGUUCUUCAUCUUCAUACCAA